CAUCACCCUACAGCAGUUCAGCCUGUGUGGUUCGGAGGAAGCAUACAUUGGCUUUUUGAUUCUUGCUAGUUCCCAGCUCACAGUUUGGGAGGAUCCAAUACCAGCUUUUGCGUGAAGGGGGGCCCAAGGACAGUGAGGAGCCCGGUGGUCCCAGCUUGGAGCSCAGCCAGACUGACAUGGGAAUCUUUCUGAAGCCCAGGGCCCUGCAGAUGUCGCCAGGAAAGUGGUGAUCCAGGCAGGACCUGGCUUCCCCGACAGGACAGAGAAAUGGAGGCAAACGACCAUUUUAACUUUACUGGCCUUCCCCCUGCACCUGCUGCCUCAGGACUGAAACCCUCUCCUUCCUCAGGGGAGGGCCUCUACACUAACGGGUCUCCCAUGAACUUCCCCCAGCAAGGGAAAAGUUUGAAUGGGGAUGUGAAUGUUAAUGGCUUAUCUACUGUAUCUCACACUACUACUUCAGGGAUUUUGAACUCUGCUCCCCACUCCUCCAGCACCUCACACCUCCAUCACCCCAACGUGGCCUACGACUGUCUCUGGAACUACUCACAGUACCCAUCUGCCAAUCCUGGCAGCAACCUCAAGGACCCACCCCUUCUCUCCCAGUUCUCGGGGGGACAGUACCCACUCAACGGCAUCCUUGGGGGCAGCCGACAACCUUCAUCCCCAAGUCACAACACUAACCUUCGGGCUGGGAGCCAAGAGUUCUGGGCCAACGGUACCCAGAGUCCCAUGGGGCUAAACUUCGACUCACAGGAACUGUAUGAUUCCUUUCCUGACCAGAAUUUUGAGGUGAUGCCCAAUGGACCCCCAGGUUUUUUCACCUCCCCACAGACUUCUCCUAUGUUGGGAUCUAGCAUCCAGACCUUUGCGCCCUCCCAGGAGGUAGGCAGUGGGAUCCAUCCUGAUGAGGCAGCAGAAAAGGAGCUGACAGUUGUGACAGAGAAUGGCACUGGCUUGGUAGGCAGCCUGGAGCUGGAAGAGGAACAGCCAGAACUAAAGAUGUGUGGCUAUAAUGGCUCUGUUUCUUCUGUGGAGUCAUUACACCAAGAGGUCUCAGUCCUGGUUCCUGACCCCACAGUGAGCUGUUUAGAUGAUCCUUCACAUCUUCCUGAUCAACUGGAAGACACUCCAAUCCUCAGUGAAGAUUCUCUUGAGCCCUUUGACUCUCUGGCACCAGAGCCAGUGAGUGGAGGACUUUAUGGUAUAGAUGACACAGAGCUGAUGGGUGCAGAAGACAAGCUACCUCUUGAGGAUAGCCCUGUGAUCUCUGCCCUUGAUUGCCCUUCCCUCAACAAUGCUACUGCCUUCAGUCUUCUGGCAGAUGAUAGUCAAACAUCAACUUCAAUCUUUGCCAGCCCCAACUCUCCACCUGUUUUAGGGGAAUCUGUCCUGCAAGAUAACAGCUUUGACCUGAAUAAUGGCAGUGAUGCUGAACAGGAAGAAAUGGAGACUCAGGCUUCAGACUUCCCUCCACCCCUUUCCCAGCCAGCCCCUGACCAGUCAUCCACUAUUCAGCUGCAUCCAGGAGCCUCACCAGCAGCCUUGCCAACAGCUUCCCCAGCAAUCUCCCUGGCAGUUUCUCCAGCAGCCUCCCCAGAUAUCUCUCCAGAAGUCUCCCCAGCAGUUUCUCCAGCCUCUCCACUUGUCUCCCCAGUAGUCUUCCCAACAGUCUCUUCAACUUCUUCAGUAGCCCUCCCAGCAGUCUCUUCAGAAGUCUCUUUGACAACUUCAGUGACCUCUCCCAAAGCUUCCCCUGUAAAGUCCCCAGCAGCUGCCUUCCCAACAGCUUCCCCAGCAAAUAAGGAUGUCAGCAGCUUCCCUGAGGCUUCUGCUGACCUGGAAGAGAUUACUGGGGGAGUCACUACUUCUGGAAGUGGUGAUAUUCUCAGGAGACGUAUUGCCACCCCAGAAGAAGUUCGUCUUCCCCUCCAGCAUGGGUGGAGGAGAGAGGUGCGCAUCAAGAAAGGCAGCCAUCGAUGGCAGGGGGAAACCUGGUAUUAUGGCCCCUGUGGGAAGAGAAUGAAACAAUUUCCAGAAGUAAUCAAGUACCUGAGCCGCAACGUGGUACACAGUGUCCGCCGGGAGCACUUCAGCUUCAGUCCCCGGAUGCCUGUUGGAGAUUUCUUUGAAGAGAGAGACACACCAGAGGGAUUGCAGUGGGUACAACUCUCAGCAGAGGAGAUUCCAUCCAGGAUUCAGGCAAUUACUGGCAAAAGGGGUCGACCUCGAAACAAUGAGAAAGCCAAAACUAAGGAAGUCCCCAAGGUGAAACGGGGCCGAGGUCGGCCUCCCAAGGUCAAAAUUCCAGAGCUAUUGAAUAAGACAGACAACCGCUUCCUAAAGAAACCGGAGGCCCAAGAAACACUGAAUGAGGAGGAUAAAGCAAAGAUGAAUAAAAGCAAAAAGAAGAUGAGGCAGAAGGUACAACGGGGAGAAUGUCAGACUCUUGUACAAGGGCAGGCCAGAAACAAACGGAAACAAGAUACCAAGAGCUUAAAGCAGAAGGAUGCUAAGAAGAAAUUCAAGGCUGAGAAGGAAAAGAUAAAGACAAAGCAAGAAAAAAUGAAGGAAAAAAUGAAGAGGGAAAAAAAAGAGAAGGUAAAAAUAAAGGAGGAGGUCGCUAAAGCCAAGCCAGCCUGUAAAGCAGAUAAGACCCUGGCCACACAAAGGCGUCUAGAGGAACGGCAGAGGCAGCAGAAGAUCUUGGAGGAAAUGAAGAAGCCCACAGAGGAUAUGUGUCUGGCUGACCACCAGCCCCUGCCUGACUUCACACGCAUUCCUGGCUUGACACUGCCUAGUAGGGCCUUCUCAGACUGCUUGACCAUCGUGGAGUUCCUGCACAGCUUCGGCAAGGUGCURGGCUUUGACCCUACCAAAGAUGUGCCUAGCCUUGGAGUCCUGCAAGAGGGACUCCUGUGUCAAGGUGACAGCUUGGACAAGGUGCAAGACCUGCUGGUGCGGCUCCUAAAGGCUGCACUUUAUGAUCCUGGCUUGCCUUCCUACUGUCAGUCCCUAAAGAUCUUGGGGGAGAAGGUGUCUGAGAUCCCACUGACAAGAGACAAUGUGUCUGAGAUUCUGCGUUGCUUCCUCAUGGCAUAUGGAGUAGAGCCAGCCCUCUGUGACAGCCUGCGCACCCAGCCUUUUCAGGCCCAGCCACCCCAACAGAAGGCUGCUGUCCUGGCCUUCCUCGUGCAUGAGCUCAAUGGCUCCACCCUCAUCAUCAAUGAGAUUGACAAGACUCUGGAGAGUAUGUCCAGCUACAGGAAAAACAAAUGGAUUGUUGAAGGCCGACUUCGGAGACUGAAAACUGCUCUGGCCAAACGAACUGGGCGACCUGAAGUAGAAAUGGAAGGGCCAGAGGAAGGCCUGGGACGGCGGCGCAGUUCUCGAAUCAUGGAGGAAACCAGUGGCAUGGAAGAAGAGGAAGAGGAGGAGACUAUAGCAGCUAUUCAUGGCCGCAGAGGUCGAAGAGAUGGAGAGGUUGAUGCUAUAGCAUCUAGCAUCCCAGAGUUAGAGCGUCAGAUAGAAAAACUCAGUAAGCGUCAGCUCUUCUUUCGCAAAAAGCUACUUCACUCAUCCCAGAUGCUUCGAGCAGUCUCCUUGGGUCAAGAUCGUUACAGACGCCGCUAUUGGGUGUUGCCAUAUUUGGCUGGUAUCUUUGUGGAAGGAACAGAGGGGAACUUAGUUCCUGAAGAUAUGAUGAAGCAGGAAACUGACUCCUUAAAGGUGGCAGCCCAUCCAGCACCCCACCCUGCUCUCUUCUUUGUGAAGAGGGAGUUAGCUGGUUCUAACAGCUCCGCCAGUUCUCCUGCCCGAGCCCGAGGCCGACCUCGAAAAACUAAGCCUGGGUCAAUGCAACCUAGGCAACUUAAAUCCCCUGUCAAGGGACAGGAUUUAGAACAGCCCCAGGCCCAGCUUYAUCCAGAGGCUCAGCCCCAUCCUCAGCUUCAGUCUCCUGCCCAAGCCCAGCUUCAGUCUCAUCCUCAGUCCCAUAAUGGGUUCCUGGAGCCGGAAGGCUCCCAUUUGUCUUUGGGUCAGAGCCAGCAUGACCUCAGUCAGUCAGCCUUCCUGUCUUGGCUGAGCCAGACUCAGAGCCACUGUUCCCUGUUGAGCAGCUCAGUCCUUACACCUGACAGCAGCCCAGGAAAACUAGACCCAGCCCCACCUCAACCCCUGGAGGAGCCAGAGCCUGAUGAAGCAGAAUCCGGCCCUGACCCUCAAGCACCAUGGUUUAACUUCUCAGCCCAGAUGCCCUGUAAUGCUGCCCCUACACCACCCCCUGCAGUUUCUGAGGACCAGCCUGCUCCUUCCCCUCAGUUGCCUGCCUCUUCCAAGCCAAUGAAUAGACCCAGUACUACCAAUCCUUCUUCACCAGUGCAAUUCUCUUCCACCCCCUUGCCUGGGGUGGCCCCUAAGAGACGAACAGGAGACCCUGGAGAAACGCCACAGAGUUCCAUGGGGCUGGGACAGCCAAAACGGAGAGGGAGACCUCCCAGCAAAUUUUUCAAACAGAUAGAACAGCGUUACCUAACCCAGUUGACAGCCCAGCCUGUCCCUCCUGAGAUGUGCUCAGGCUGGUGGUGGAUCCAAGAUCCUGAGACAUUGGAUGCCAUGCUCAAGGCCCUGCACCCCCGAGGCAUCCGGGAAAAGGCACUUCACAAACACCUUAACAAGCACAGGGACUUCUUGCAGGAAGUUUGCUUACGGCCCUCAACUGAUCCCAUCUUUGAGCCUACUCAGCUACCUGCCUUUCAAGAAGGGAUUAUGAGUUGGUCCUCCAAAGAGAAGACAUAUGAAACAGACCUAGCUGUGCUUCAGUGGGUAGAGGAACUGGAACAGCGGGUUAUCCUGUCCGAUCUGCAGAUUCGGGGUUGGACAUGUCCUAGCCCAGACUCUACUCGGGAAGACUUGGCCUACUGUGAGCAUCUCCCUGAUUCCCAGGAAGAUAUUACCUGGAGAGGUCGGGGCAGGGAAGGACUGGCACCUCAACGUAAGAGUACCAACCCUCUGGACCUGGCUGUUAUGCGACUGGCUGCCCUGGAACAGAAUGUGGAGCGGCGGUACCUGCGGGAGCCUCUCUGGCCAGCUCAUGAAGUGGUACUAGAGAAGGCCUUGCUCAGCACACCCAAUGGUGCUCCUGAAGGCACCACUACAGAGAUAUCUUAUGAAAUCACUCCUCGAGUUCGUGUCUGGCGCCAGACACUUGAGCGAUGCCGGAGUGCAGCACAGGUGUGCUUGUGUGUGGGCCAGCUGGAAAGGUCCAUUGCUUGGGAGAAGUCUGUCAACAAAGUGACCUGUCUAGUCUGUCGGAAGGGUGACAACGAUGAGUUUCUUCUGCUUUGUGAUGGGUGUGACCGUGGCUGCCACAUUUACUGCCAUCGGCCCAAGAUGGAGGCUGUCCCAGAAGGAGACUGGUUCUGUGCUGUCUGUCUGGCCCAGCAAGUAGAGGAAGAAUUCACUCAGAAGCCUGGUUUCCCAAAGCGAGGCCAGAAGCGGAAAAGUAGUUAUUCACUUAACUUCCCAGAAGGUGAUAGCCGCCGACGCCGGGUAUUGUCGAGGGGCCGAGAAAGCCCAGCAAUGCCUCGGUACUCAGAAGAAGGACUGUCUCCCUCUAAGCGGCGGAGACUCUCAAUGCGGAACCAUCACAGUGAUCUCACAUUUUGCGAGAUUAUCCUGAUGGAGAUGGAGUCCCAUGAUGCAGCCUGGCCUUUCCUGGAGCCUGUGAACCCACGUUUGGUGAGCGGGUACCGACGCAUCAUCAAGAACCCAAUGGAUUUUUCUACCAUGCGGGAGCGCCUGCUCAGAGGAGGGUAUACCAGCUCAGAGGAGUUUGCAGCAGAUGCCCUCUUGGUCUUUGACAACUGCCAAACCUUCAAUGAGGAUGACUCUGAAGUGGGCAAGGCUGGGCACAUCAUGCGCCGCUUCUUCGAGAGCCGCUGGGAAGAAUUUUAUCAGGGCAAACAGGCCAAUCUGUGAGGCAAGGGAGGUUGGGAGUCACCUUGUGGCAUUUCUCCCCACUUUCCAAACAAAAAAACCUGCCAUUCUCACCUGCUGAUGCUGCCCUGGGUCCAGACUCAAGUCAGAUAUAACCCUGAUUUUUGACCCUGCCCUUGGCAGCAAACCACAUCCUCAUAUCCCUAGUCUUUUUCUCCCUUCCUCCUCUUGCUCCUCUAAUAAGAGGUGCAGAGAUGAGGUUCUUCUGGACUGAAAGCCAAAAAAGAAAGAAGAAAAUAAUUUUCCUUUCUGUUUUAUUUCCUAAUUAAAUAUGGGGAGAGGGAAAGAAGUCCUUACUUCCUUCUCCGAGCUUCCUCUCCUUCCCUGUACAUGCCCCAGCAUUCUGGGGUUAUUUAACAAUAGCAAUAGUUCUAGUGAAUGUGUGAAACUGAGAAACACUCUGUACUGUGUGCGGACCCGCAGUGACGGCCAGUAAAGUGGACUUAACUCCCAAGUGUGUCGAGCCGGACACCGGGCCCUGAACAUGCUGCUUCCAUGUUCAGUCCCUUCCCUGCUUCUCGCUUUCUCUCAACUUUUUCUUUCCCCUCACAUUUUUCCAGAUUUUUCUCAUCCAAUAAUGUAAAACUAUCGUGUACGGGUUCCUCCCUCCUUUUGUCCCAAAUCUUUUUCCCCUCCUCAAAGGAAAAAAAAAGUUCAGAGGUCCCUGUCUUUCUCUGUCCUCAUCUUCCUGCCAAUAGCUAUCCCUUCUAAAAUGUUGGAUGCUCCUCAUAUGCUGAGUUUCCAGCCUUUUCUGAAACUCAGUGGCUGGGGAGAGGGCAGGUAGGCACCCUGGGCCUUCCAGCCAACUUCCCCAUCUGCUUCCCAAACCUCCCUCUUGGGAACUCCUCAGGGACAACUACUGCUGAGUUUGGGUGCACCUCCAAGAUGGAGGCCAGGUAGCAAUUGGCUGGCCUCAGAGAGAGGGGGAGAGAGGUGUUUUGUGUGAAUGUGUGCGUGAGAGAGUGAACGCUUACAUGCGAGCUAUGAUUGUGACCCUGUUUUGUCUAAUGGGAUCCAAUUUCCCCAAGUAUCUGUUUUUAUUCCCACCUUGCCCAUUGUUUCAUAUCAUCACCUUUUUGUCCUUGGGUAACCACAGGAACAAUUUCUCUGGGGACAUGUCUGUGUCUCUCUGUCUGUCUCUCUCUCUGUCUCUCUCUCUCUCUCUCUCUCUCCUGGUCAUUUCUGUUCCAGCCUCUUCAAACUGUGCAAUCUUUCGGCAGGAACUCCCUCUCCUCUCAGUAGCUUCAGGUCUUAAGCUUUUACAGGAAGGGUGGUAGAACUGGAUCUUUUCUAAUCCCAUGAGCAUCUGUGGGUUUAGUUGUGCUUUCCUUCAUCUACUUCAUCCCCCAGGACCCCUUCCCCAGCAGCAGAGACCCUGGAGCACAGGAGGGGUUCUGGGUCCACCACUGCCCUUCAUGUGACUAUGCCUAAGUUAAGCCCCCAACAUGUGAGAGGAAAGCUGCUAACUCCAAGCUAUAGCCAUGGGCCUCUGGCCCCCUGCUUUCCUGCUCAGCAGAGCCCCUCCCAUCAGAGAUUACGGGUACUUGCACUGGGGAGGUGGCUGCUGGCUGGCCUAAGCAGAGAGCUGAGGCAUCUGAGAAAUGUUCCAUUGGGUGGAAGGUGCCAGGUGAGGUGGAGCRUUCCUUGUACUUCUGGCAGCACUGAAGAGCCACUGAUGGGGGUGGGGGGCAGUGUAGGUCCUAGGGCAGCCCCUUUCUUAUUCCUUUAACAUCCCUUCUCCCCCAUAGCCUAUUUCUAAAGUCGCCUUUUCUGUCAGAUAAACCUCAAAAUUUAAUUUUAUUUGAGAUUUUUUUUUUGCUUUUAAAUAAGAGGUGGAUUGAAGAAUAUUUGAAUUGACUUUAUAUUAUGCAUAAAUAUUUAUAUUUUAUCUAAAUAACUGCGCUGUAACAAACUUUGUGUUAGACAUUUGGAACUGUUAUAGUUGGGGGCUCCUCUUUUUUUCCCAUGGCAGUUUUCCCCUGGCAUAAAAUGUACUAGAUUAAUUUCAUUGGAGGUGAGGUGGAUAGGGGGAGUGAAGUCUCAUUUGUUCUUGCUUGUGUUCCUCUCCCAGUUCCAUCUCUUUUCCUAGGGACCAGGCACUCUUAAGAUGGGGUGGGGUCCGAGAGUAGUUUGAAAAGUAGAGGCUGAAGGAGGGAUGGGGAUAGGGUGUGAUCAAAGGGGCCAUUUCUUACUUUUCUUUCCUCAUCUUCACUGCCCCUUGAGCUAGGUGGAUUUUCUCUAUGGUCAAGAGUAUUUGGUAGGGAAGGCAGGUUAAAAUAAAAAGACAACCCACCCCCCUGCCCCUUUGUUUCCCCUCCCCUAUCAGUCUGGUAACAGCAAGAAACCACACCAUCUACACCAAGUUUCCAUGUUCCUUUUACAACAAAGGGACUGACUUUUUAUAUAACCAAAUGUGGUGUUUUAGUGACUUUUUGAUAAUGUACAGUUUUUUGUGAAUUUAAAUUUAUUUCUUUCUAUAUUUUUAGGACCAAUCUCAUUUUUAAUAAGGUUUAAAAAGGAAAAAAAAAGUCUAGAGAAAAAAAUCUGUUUUUGCCAUGUGAUGUUCCACAAGUGCAGCUGUAGAAAAGUGCUUGUCAGUUGAAUAAAAACCACAUUUGAUAGAUUCAAAAGGCUCUGUGUAUUUCUCUUCCCUUUAGUCUGGGCCCUUCAUCAUGUUCUCACACAUAUAUUGGGGAGAGAACGUGUAUUAGGAUGGGCAUGACUGRUUUGGUAUAUAAGAUGCAGAUUUAUCACUAACCUCUAAGCAACAGGAAUCCUGUUUCAUACCUUCUGCUUCAGUAGAUCUGCCUCAAAAUCUUAACUGAGGCACUGGGGUAAAUGAGUUCCCACUUCAAGAUGCAUGCCUUACCUUCCUAAGCUGCCACUUAUUUCCUGUAGCAGCAUACCCUCCCACCCAUGGAUAAGACACCAAAACAGAUUUUUUUGUUUUAUUAAAAAUGUUGACAAAAUGAAUCUCUACCAAACUGUARGGAAGCAACAUGGGAAGACCAGGGGUCAGAAAAGAAUAAGCUAAAAGGGUGGCAUUGGCAUAACAUGGGAAGUCUCUGGAUAAAGGAAAAAUUGUAGUACAAAAUGUGUUUUAAGUAUAAAUUAAACUUAUUUCAAGGUGAUAAGUGCAUGUAGUAAGUAUUCAUCCAUCCAAAAAGGGUAUGUGUUGGGGAAAUUGGGGCACCAGUGAUGGGGUAGGAACUUUUAUUUACUCUGGCUGUAAAAGUCUUAACUAGGUAACCCUUUAGUUUGGGCAUUUUUUUCUCCUGAACCCUCUAAGAAAGAUAACUGUUAAGGUGAAAAAGGAACAUCUAUUUCCAGUCUUAUAAAACUCUUUGGUGUUUGGUUACCUUCUCUGCUAUGAGGCAGCCAAUAAUUAAUUUUAUAGUUCUAAGCUCUGUUCUAAUGGUGGUCCUGGGGUAACUCCCAACAAUCUUGUUACCUUAGGUGGUGCCACAUUGAGACCUACCUAAAAAGUUUGAUGAGUGAGCUAAAACCCCCAGAGAAGACAUUCCAGAAGUAGAAAAACCAAAGACUGAAUUUGUUCAUGAGUCCUUUCUAGUCCCCAGUUUCCUAACCCUCAUGAAGAGAACAACAGGAAAAGAUGUAAGUCAGGUGCUUGUGCCCUUGUUUAAUUGAGAGAUUGUGAGGUAGAUGAGUAACAAGGACAAGGAAGUUUGGGGAUCUACUUGGAUAAUGAAUGCUUAUUCAAAACAAGUGGACAGGCCAGGGAGAAAGCAGUGGUAACUGGAGUGUUGAGAGCACCUAGUUUUCUCAUUUCAAACAUGAGGAACACCUAUAGGGAGGUUCAGCAAAGAUCAGGGGAGAGAGCACUMUAGGCAUUUUUUAGCCACAGAGGAAGACUGUCCAAUAGAAGGAAAGGGUAAAAGCUGAGCAAACUUCAGGAAUCUGCUAAUGCUUGGGAAGCCCUAAAAAAUGGGUCACAUGGAAGUGGAGUAGUUGGUUUAAAAGGAAAUCRGGAAGAACUGGUAUAACAAGGCAUAAGAUCUAGGAUCUAUAGGCUGGCUUUAGUAACCCCCACCCUCUUUGAAGUCCACAGAUCCAGGUCUAGCAGAGGAUAGGGGCAGGUUGGGACCUGAUCAUACCCCCAACUUCUUGGCUAACAAGGCAAAGUAGCCCCUCAAUGUGUGCAAUGCUGCUACUUCCCAGAAGGUGGGGCAUGUGCCUAAGCAAUAGUUCCUUUUCCAGAAGACCAAUAAUUGUCAAUGUCAGGGAUCCCUGCAACAUUCUACUGAGAUCACUCACAGCAUUUUUAUGGCAAAGUAAAAUCCCAUAGGUAGGUCUCAGCCCCAGUGGGUUGACAUAUUGGAAUAGCAAGGAGAGCCUGGUGACACUGGAGGCAUUAGGGGGGAUGAAUGAGCUCACUGUUAAGCAAAUUAGAAAAGGAAGAGGAAUGAAAUGGGGCUGAAGUGGCACAACUAGGAAUGGCCUGUGCAGCAGGUCUUGUCCUCAUCCUUAGUGCAAAUAAUACCUCUGUUACUAACAAGGGCUAUAACCUCUUUAGAGCCACCAGGCUUUAACCUCUUCUUUGGUUGAAAACACUAAAAAUAACAUCCCUAUCCAUCAUCAUUCCCACACCUUCCUAACCUCUACCUGCACCCUCCUCCAAAGAGUCCAAACAGUCUAGGGUCAGGAUAUCAACUCAGAGCCUGAAAAGAGCAAUAAUAACACUGACAUGAAAUGGGAUAGGCAGUCCUAGAGCCUAGUAAAGGAUUACACCAUCUGAGAAAAGAACUCAUAAGUUCUAUUUGACUGAAAACAGAAAAGCACAAAGUACUAAAAUAUUUUAAGAAUGUUAUGAGCAUCUGUAAUGAGUGGGGGUGAGAUGAAAGUACAGAGAGUGUAAGAUGUGGCUUUCAGGAAGACAGGAUUCAGAAAACACUAGGCAUAGUGUUUAAAGAGCGCAGUCCAAGACUGGCUCCUCUACCCGCUGCCCACCCUAACCAAUCUUYACCAAUUCAUGGGAGAAAUAGUUCCUAUUCCAUCCUUUCUCCAAUUACUACCCACUGUUAGAAAUGAACUAACAACUAGUGGGGAAAGUAGGAGUAUAAAUCAAAAGCACCAAAAAGAAAUUCCUCAGUGUCAUUAACCACUACAAAAAUAACUGCAGGCUCCCAAUUACUUCCUGUCCUCAAACCUGCCCAAACCAGAAGCGCACUCUCAAUGGUAGGUUCAUAUGAGGAGAACCAAAAAAGGUAACUUCAAUAUCCAUUUAAAAAAUUUAGAAAAUACAGAGAAAGGAGACAGAAUCAGGGAUUUUGGGAGACAGGAAGGUCAGCAGAGACAGCAACACCAGUUCCUAUGCAGGAAAGGCAGCCCCAAACAUUAAACCUACCAACAAGACUUCCCCAAUCUACCAUCAGUUAAAUAAACAGAAUUCUGGAUUUUUUCACCCAGUACCAGGUAUUGAACCCAGUACUUAAUCACUGAGCCAUAUCCCCACCCCUUUUUAUGUUUUGAGACAGGGUCUCAC